AUUUUUUUUCCCCUUCCUCUAAAGAUAGGGUUGAGCAAGAGAGAGAGAAAAAAUUAGAAAGAGAAAGUAGAGAGAGAGGGAGAGAGAGUAAAAGUAGAGAGAGAAAACCCCAUGUGUGGUGUGUGUAUAUAUAUAUAUAUAUAGCUGUCGCAAUCUCUCACCUCCAUAGGCACUGAAGAAGAAAGAUAUAUUUUUAGAGAGAGAAAGGGAAGAGAGCGAGAAAAGAGAGAGAGAGAGAAAUCAAGCCCCAUUUUUUUCUUCCCUUGGAGCUCGUCGCCUUCUCUGCUUCUCCUCCACCGGUCGAUCUCUCAUCUGAUGCUGUAUUUGUAUUUGGCAUAGAGAGAGAGAGAGAGAGAGAGAGAGAGGAUUGGCGGUAUUGUAGGAAUAAUGUCGUCACUGAGUAGAGAAUUGGUGUUCUUGAUCCUACAGUUUCUUGAUGAAGAAAAGUUUAAAGAGACGGUUCACAAGCUUGAGCAAGAAUCUGGAUUCUUCUUCAACAUGAAGUAUUUUGAAGACGAAGUGCAUAAUGGGAAUUGGGAGGAGGUCGAAAGAUACCUCUCCGGCUUCACCAAAGUCGACGACAAUCGCUAUUCGAUGAAAAUAUUCUUCGAGAUUAGGAAGCAAAAGUAUCUCGAAGCAUUGGAUAAGCACGAUCGCUCCAAGGCCGUCGACAUCCUCGUAAAGGAUCUCAAAGUGUUUGCAUCUUUUAAUGAAGAGCUUUUCAAAGAGAUUACUCAGCUGCUGACAUUAGAGAAUUUCAGGGAAAACGAGCAGCUAUCGAAAUACGGCGACGCGAAAUCCGCACGAGCCAUUAUGUUGGUCGAGCUUAAAAAGCUAAUCGAAGCAAAUCCCUUGUUCCGCGACAAGCUGCAGUUCCCCAAUCUUAAAAAUUCGCGACUCCGUACGCUCAUCAAUCAAAGCUUAAAUUGGCAGCAUCAGCUUUGCAAGAAUCCGAGGCCGAAUCCCGACAUUAAAACACUUUUCGUCGAUCAUUCGUGCGGACAACCGAACGGGGCACGUGCGCCGUCUCCGGCGAGCAAUCCCCUGCUCGGAGGGGCAGUGCCGAAACCGGGAGGAUUCCCGCCGUUGGGAGCACACGUGCCGUUUCAGCCGAAUUCGACGCCAGUUCCGAUGCCUCUUGCCGGUUGGAUGUCUAACCCUCCCGCCGGAGCUCAUCCUGCCGUUUCCGGUGGGCCAAUAGGUCUCGGAGCUCCACCAAUGCCGGCUGGUCUUAAGCAUCCGAGAACUCCGCCGACAAAUUCUUCCGUGGAUUUCCCAUCUGCCGACUCCGAACAUGCUAGUAAAAGAACUCGACCGUUGGGAAUUUCCGAGGAGGUAAGCCUUCCGGUGAAUGUCCUACCCGUCGCGUUUCCGGGGCACGCCCAUAAUCAGCUAUUAGCUACGCCGGAGGACUUGCCGAAAAUGGUAGCUCGGACUUUAAACCAAGGAUCGUCGCCUAUGAGCAUGGAUUUUCACCCGAUCAAACAAACUCUUCUUCUCGUCGGUACCAAUGUGGGAGAUAUCGGCUUGUGGGAAGUCGGCUCCCGGGAGAGACUGGUUCAGAAAAACUUCAAGGUGUGGGAACUCAGUGCGUGCACAAUGCCCCUACAGGCGAGCUUGGUGAAGGAUCCCGGUGUCUCGGUGAAUCGCGUGAUCUGGAGCCCCGACGGAUCUUUGUUCGGUGUUGCGUAUUCGAGGCAUCUCGUGCAAAUCUAUUCAUAUCAUGGAAAUGAUGAUGUUCGCCAACAUUUGGAGAUCGAUGCUCAUGUCGGCGGAGUAAACGACAUUGCGUUCUCGCACCCGAAUAAGCAGUUGUCUGUGAUAACCUGCGGCGACGACAAGCUUAUCAAGGUUUGGGAUGCAACAACGGGUACGAAGCAAUAUACUUUUGAAGGGCACGAGGCUCCCGUAUAUUCGGUUUGUCCUCACCACAAGGAGAAUAUUCAGUUCAUUUUUUCGACGGCGUUGGAUGGAAAGAUCAAGGCUUGGCUUUACGACAAUUUGGGAUCCCGAGUCGACUACGACGCCCCGGGUCGAUGGUGCACGACAAUGGCAUACAGCGCAGAUGGCACGAGGCUUUUCUCUUGCGGGACGAGUAAAGACGGCGAGUCCCACAUCGUCGAGUGGAACGAAAGUGAAGGAGCUGUUAAGCGAACCUACGUAGGGUUCCGAAAACGGUCAUAUGGGGUCGUACAGUUCGACACGACUAAAAAUCGGUAUUUAGCUGCUGGCGACGAAUUCACGGUCAAGUUUUGGGAGAUGGACAGUACGCAACUCUUGACGAGCACUGAUGCCGACGGAGGUCUUCCUGCGAGCCCUCGUAUCCGUUUCAACAAAGAUGGGACGCUCUUGGCUGUUUCAGCCAACGAAAACGGAAUCAAAGUAUUAGCUAACACCGACGGGCUUCGCUUGUUACGCACGUUCGAAUCUCUCACCUUCGAUGCUUCGAGAGCGUCGGAAGCUGCAAAGCCUACCGUAAAUUUGAUACCGUCGUCGUCGGUUGUGAGUAGUGUGGCGCUUUCGGAUAGGGUGGCUCCGACGAUGAAUGGGGAUUCGAGAAAUCUUGUCGAUGUUAAGCCUAGAGUCGCGGAAGAAGCGAAUGAGAAGUCGAAGAUUUGGAAGCUUACUGAAAUUAGCGAGCCAUCGCAGUGUCGAUCGAUGAAGUUACCGGAAAAUAUGAGAGUCACAAAGAUAUCGAGAUUGAUAUACACGAAUUCGGGCAAUGCUAUACUGGCGUUGGCUUCGAACGCGAUCCAUUUGCUGUGGAAGUGGCAGCGUAACGAGCGCAAUUCGAGCGGAAAGGCGACUGCUGGCGUUUCGCCUCAGCUGUGGCAACCGUCGAGCGGGAUUUGGAUGACCAACGACACAACCGACGCCAACCCGGAGGAAUCCGUCUCUUGCUUUGCUUUGUCGAAGAAUGACUCGUAUGUAAUGUCUGCGUCGGGAGGGAAGAUCGCAUUGUUCAAUAUGAUGACGUUCAAGACGAUGACGACUUUCAUGCCUCCGCCGCCGGCAGCCACAUUUUUGGCCUUCCAUCCUCAGGACAACAACAUAAUCGCGAUCGGCAUGGAUGAUUCUUCGAUUCAGAUAUACAAUGUCCGAGUCGACGAGGUCAAAAGCAAGCUUAAAGGACACUCGAAAAGAAUUACGGGCCUCGCGUUUUCGCACGUGUUGAACGUGCUUGUCUCGUCGGGAGCGGAUGCUCAGCUCUGUGUAUGGGGUUCGGACGGAUGGGAGAAACAAAAGUCGAGAUUCUUACAGCUCCCUUCGGGGAGAAUUCCGGCGACACAAUCAGACACACGGGUGCAGUUCCAUCAGGACCAAACCCACCUUCUCGUCGUGCACGAAACCCAGCUUGCGAUCUACGAUGCAACGAAGCUAGAAAGCGUAAAACAGUGGGUUCCCCGCGAAUCGGCUGCCCCGAUAUCCCACGCGACGUUAUCGUGCGACAGCCAGCUGGUCUACGCGAGCUUUCUUGACUCGACUGUGUGCAUAUUCACAGCUUCACACCUUCGCCUGCGCUGCCGGAUAAAUCCGUCGGCGUACCUUCCGUCAAGUGUCAGCAGCAACCCGACUGCGCAUCCCCUGGUGAUUGCGGCUCAUCCACAGGAGUCGAACCAGUUUGCGAUCGGGCUGUCGGAUGGUUCGGUUCAUGUGUUCGAACCCCUCGAAUCGGAAGGGAAAUGGGGGGUGGCGCCGCCGUCAGAGAAUGGGUCUGCGAGCGGCGUCGGUGUCGGUGUCGGCGGCAGUGGCGCGGCGGCGACGCCUUUGGUAGGUUCGACGUCGGAUCAGCAACAACGAUGAGCUCUGCAUUGCAUGAAGUGUUGCUUUUGUGUAAUGGAUAUAUAUAUAUAUAUAUUAUAUUAUGUUUAGAUUUGAUUUAUUUUCUUCUGGUUUUCGACUAACUUACGACUUUUAAAGAAGAAUAUAUAUAUAUUUGUUAGGGUGUCUUUUAUUA